CGAACCUCUACCGAUCAUUACUAAACCAUCACAAACAUUCAAGCCAAUAACAGUAAAAUCUCCAAGCAUUUCAUAAUUAUCCAAGUUUUCAAAAUGUGGUCAAUUUUGACUAUCGCACUCUUUUCUACAAUUCUCAUCACCGAGGGCAACAUCAUUAUUGAAUCUCCUCCUGAAACCAAUUAUGGCGAAUGGGGACCCUGGUCCCGUUGCCCUUUCGGAACAUACGCCCAAGCUCUACAAGUCCGGACCGAACCCUACCAAGGACUCUUUGGGGACGACACAGCCACAAAUGGAAUCCGCCUCUAUUGUGGUGAUCCUAACAAUGGUUCCACAAUUUACAUUACUUCAACCGUUGCGGAGUGGGGCAACUGGGGGUCGGUGUUUUCAUGUCGAUCGGACGGCCGUCCACUGCCCCCAGACGGUUUUGUAAGCGGAUUUCAAUUGAGAGUAGAACCACCCCAGGGGGCAGGCGACGACACCAGUACCAACAAUGCACGAAUUUUUUGCACAUAUCCACCCCACCUCGGCAUCCCAGAAGAGAUGAAGGAGGGCGAUGGACUCACUUAUGGCAGGUGGACUUCUGAUCGGAAAUGCUUCAGUAAUCAAGCAAUUUGUGCUCUUCAAACGCAAGUGGAAAGAUAUCAAGGGGAUCCUGGUGACGAUACAGCAAUGAAUAAUAUACGCGCAGAGUGCUGUGACCGCUAAAAGAGAUAUACAACUACAGUUAUGUAACUACAUAAAAGCUGAUCUCAUGUAUUUCAUAAAUUUGCUUAUUCUUUGAAAUGACUUUCGUUUCAUUAAUAAUAUUGGUACACUGAAAUAAAUAGGCUAAAUUUUAUUAUAAAUACCUUGAUCCCGUCAAUUGGGUAAUAAAUACAUACAUAUGUGCAUAUGUACGUGAAA